AUGGCCCUCAUUCGUGCUCGCUGCGUCGUGCUAUUUGCGUUCGUCGCGACGCUGGUGCCGAUGGCCUUCGCCGCCUCGAGUUUAACAUUCGGUGCCAAGCUGAUCGGGGCCAACGAGGUCCCCAUGAAUGGAUUCCUGACCGUCGCCGCCGGUGACACAAUCGGCACGGGAGACAUGCAGCUGAAUAUCUACACGACCAACGGCGUGCCCACAGAGGUGGGCUACAACGUGCGGCUUUCCAAGCUCCAAGGCAUGAUGCCCCCGAUUAUGACUCACGUUCAUCGCGGCAGCAAGGGAACAAACGGUCCCCUGGUGCUUAACCUGCCGUGCGUGUACUGGCAAAUCUCCACAACGGACUGGUCCUGCAUGGGCAAAUUAGUGGUCACUGAAGCGGUGCUGCCUGCCGUUAAGGGGAUUUUGGCGAACCCAAAUGAGUUUCAUGGGAAUAUUCACACUGUGAAGUAUGUUAACGGGGCCGUGCGUGGGCAGCUUGAGAGGAGGUAG